CGGCGGAGUAAACCAACGCGUAGCGCGCUCAGCACCUCCGCCCAGCCCCAACAGCGAGAGGAAGGCGCUGCCGGCAGGCGAGGGCUGUGCGCACGCGCGGCGCAGGCGCACGUGCAGCCGCCGCCGUGGUCCGCUGGGAGACGCGAGCUGUUCUGCAUUCAGAAGUUAACGCCUCUUGUUACCCCUCUGGAGCACAGAGCUGAUUUUCCACGAUGGCUGCGGCCCCUCAAGCCCCAGCACGGGGAUCUGUCCGGAAGACGAGGCCUCUGGUUGUAAAGACGUCCUUGAACAACCCGUAUGCUAUCUGCUGGAGUGAGCUGGACAGGGACCACAUGCACUUCAUCCUCCAGACCCUGGAAGACAGGUUUAGAUCAAUUGGACUUCAGAAGAUUGAGGAUAAGAAGAAAAAGAAAAAAACUUGUGUCAAAAAGCAAAGCCGAGAAAAAUGCAACCUCGAUGCUGAUAUUGGCGAGGCUCUGGACGAGAGAGAGGCAGACGCUAAGCAGCCAGCCUCGGGGUGGUCGCCUGUGCACAUCAGGAAGCAGCUGGCCAUCGGCGUCAACGAGGUCACCAGAGCCCUGGAGAGGAGCGAGCUGCUGCUGGUGCUGGUGUGUAAGUCGGCCAAGCCUGCCAUCAUCACCUCUCACCUGAUCCAGCUGAGUGUGAGCAGAGCCGUGCCUGCCUGCCAGCUUCCCCGGCUCAGUGAGAGAAUCGCCCCGGUCAUUGGCUUGAAAUGUGUCCUAGCCUUGGGGUUUAAAAAGAACUCCACGGACUUCGUGGAUGAAGUCAGUGCCAUCAUCCCCAGAGUACCCGAUUUAAAUGUACCCUGGCUUCCAGACACAACUGAAGGUUCCGGGGAGGCUUUGGAAAAGCCAGGCGGAGAGAUUUUGGAAACUUCAUUUGAAGACCUCUCAAAACCCAAGAGGAAACUUGCAGAAGGUCAGCCAGCCUCUGCUGUAGCGUUACAGCCCCUUAAAAUAAAGAAACUGAUUGCAAACCCUAAUAAGAAAAGGAAACCACCCAAAAGUAAAAAGACAACUUCAAAGUAAUCUUGUGUAAGCUUGUCAUCUCAUACAAUUUUUCAAAGGAUAUUUUGUAAAGAUGCCUUGAAACAAUAAAAGUAAGUUUAAUUUA